CCGGGGGGGGUGGUAAUGUGCGGCUCCGGCCCCGCCCACGCAGCUCCGGGCUCGGGCUCCGGCGGGCCCCGCCCACCGGCGCUCGCUACCCCUCCGGUCCGCUGCGCCCGCUGCAGCGCUUCCCCGCGCGCCAUGGCCGGACUGCUGGCGCUGCUGGGCCCGGCGGGCAGGGUGGGCGCCCGGGUCCGGACUCGCGCCUCCUGGCUCCUAGGCGCCGCCGCCUCCUGCGCGCCGCGCCCCCUGUUGCUGCCGCCGCUCCGGCCUGGACCUGACGCCCCGCUGCUGCGUGCGGUCCGUGGGGACAGCCGCGGCCUCCAGGACCCCAGCAAAAUCACUGCGACACCAGCCCCGCCUGUCAGCAGCACAGAGGAGAAAAAGCAAAGCAAGUCACAGCAGCUGAAAAAGAUUUUUCAAGAGUAUGGUGCCGUUGGCGUGUCGCUGCACAUUGGAAUCUCACUAAUCUCCUUGGGCAUAUUUUACAUGGUGGUUUCAAGUGGUGUGGACAUGUCUGCAAUCCUGCUUAAACUCGGAUUUAAAGAGUCACUGGUGCAGUCGAAAAUGGCAGCGGGCACAAGCACCUUCGUGGUGGCCUACGCCAUCCACAAGCUCUUUGCCCCAGUGCGAAUCAGCAUCACCUUAGUUUCUGUGCCCUUCAUUGUCAGAUAUUUUCGCAAAGUGGGAUUUUUUAAACCUCCAGCUGCAAAGCCUUGAUGAACUCUUCAAACAUAUUUCUUUUAAAUAGAAAUUUUGGGUUAAUUUUAGGAUAGAGCUUUUCCAGGAGGGGUGGGUAGGGUGGGAACAGGAAGCUAAUUGCUAUGUUCUCAUGAAUAAGUUUUACCUUUGGCAGCAAAAUUCAGGUUUUUUAAUGAUUGUAAUGAAUUUGCUUUACAAAUAUUAUUAAUGCUAUUGAUGGUAGGGCUUGUAUACAUAAUCUGAAAUGUCAGCAAAACAUCACAAAUUGAGCUGUCACCUCGAACAAAACUGUUAGCCUACAAAAUGUUCCUUCUGGGAGAUCACUGGUGAGGUUCUAGUCUGCAGAAGCCCCAGGGGUUAAUCUUCAUUCAAAUUCUUAAAGGGCAACGAUUCAUUAAGCUGGUUUUUAAAAUUCCCCUUCCUCCAAUAUCUGUUGUCAGGCUGCCUGCAGUUUAAUAUGCAAUAUUCUGCAAAACAGCUGCCAGUGUUACAAUUAAUGAAGCAGAAUUUAAGACUUAACAAUAUGUAAUCAGGAUCUAAAUUAGCAUCAACGCUUUGAUGUUCAUUACACUUGUUUUAGGAAGGAAAAAUAACCAAGUAUUUCUGGUGUGUUUCAUUGAUCCUAAAACACCUUCAAAUCUGGACAUGAUGGUCCCUACCUCAGGUGGCUUUUCUCAAAUUUCAUGGAAGUAGGUCAGGGUCAUUUGUCUCUGUUUAGGCAAAAUGGGGAAGUUUUAUCCAGUAGUAGUAGCAUCACGUGGCUCCUGACGGCCUUAUCCACAGGUGAAUUUGGAUACUGUACACAUGGAAAGCUAAGACAAUCUUUGCUUAACCCUCUCUCAAACUUCAGACAUUCCAGAACUACUGUCACAAUGUUUACGUUGUGUUGCUACUUAUAUUUUUUUAACUGAGUUAAAAUUGUUAUGUAGAAAAAGAUUUUGUAUCACUCUCUAAGAAGGAAAAUUAGUGCACUUGCUGUAAAUGGGAGGCAACUGUGAAAUACUGUGAACUAAUACAAAAUAAUAUAAGCCAGGGAGGGAGAGGGGCGGGCAGGUGUAAUUACUUUCUGUUGAGCCAGUUUUACCUGAUAAAGCAUAUUUGACGUGAGCCCCCCCCCCAUUGCUGUGAGGGACAUUAUUAGUUAAGAACAGAAACUCAAGCACACCGAUUCAAAUUGAGACUUUUGUCCCUGGAACACUUAGGAGCAGACAGACUGGAGGGAAUUCCUUUCUGUAGGAUUCACGUAAUGCUACCCUCCAGGCCAUAUUCACACAGCACGGUCCACACUGGAACCUGGAUUCAAUCCUUUUCUGCCCUGCCACCUUCGUUGAGGGAGAUACAAUUUUGGUGGGGGGGAGUUAAUUACAGAUGUGACAAUCAGAAAACUAAAGGAACUAUAAAUUGACCGUCCUGGUUUUACCAGCUGGCUGCUGACCGUUCCCUGGUUAAGCCUUAGUAACCUAUGUCCGUUAUUUCAGUUAAUUUACAAGAAGCUUUGUGGGACAAAUUCUCCACUUGUAAGAUCAUUAAAGUGGAUUCUCCCCCCCCCCCACUUUUAAAGCAAUUAGCCCAUUGCCAAAAGGCUUUACCGAUUUCAAGUUGGAACUGCCUUUCUGGGAUCUAAUUCCAAGGACAUUGACACAGCUGAGCAAGAUGCCUGCUAAGAGUGCUAGGCAGUCCCUCCCUGUGGUCUGGGCUCUGUUCACACAGCUGGCUUCAGACUCUAACCACCUUCUGGACCAGUCUCCCUACCACUCAGAUCCCUAGUAAUGCCUAUGCAAAACAAAAAACAAACAAAACUGACAGUGAGUCCUACAGGUUUAAGGGCUGAAAUCUUAAACUUUGAUUCCACGUUUGGAGGAAUGGAAGUGGACAGGGCAAGCAAUAAAACCAAUCACCAAACCAAAUAGCCAUGGCCUUCUCUUCUAAGCCCCACCUCCACUCCACUCCUGCAGCCAGUGGCCCCAACAGAACCAAGAACCUGGAGAAGACGAGAUCAAAGGAUCAGGGAAUAUAUGACGUCACCAGCAAGAUGUACAGAUUGCUUGUAUUUACAUUGUUUUUAUGGAUCAAGGGGGAAAAACAUGAUCUAUUUUAAAAAAUGUAAGCCAUUGUUCACCCCUAAUUUUGUAUCUGACAAAAACGAGCCGCUUAAAUUCUCUGAAACAAAUAAACAUCUUUGUAGCGUAUGAA